CGUGACCCGGAGCAUGCCCACACCCACAGCCAAGGCGGCUCAAAGACGAGGACAGCAGCCGUCCCGUGCCGCUUUGCUUGCCGGCUGGGAGGUAGUGAGUGGCGCCUGCGACUGUGGCAUCCUGGCCGAAGACGGCGCGGGAAUCGCGUGACCCCCCACCUCGAGAACCUACAUAAUAAACGCUCGCCUCCCAGCUUCGCGUCUUUAACCCCCAUCAACAACUACCUCUGCCAUCAUGCUCUUCGCCCCUCUCGUCGCCCUCCUCGCUGUCGGUGUUGCUGCCGACAAGCGCCAGCUCAACCCCGGAGAGAUUGCUGGUCUCGUUGAGAACUUUAAGAACGCCGGCCUCGGCGACCUCGUCGGCGGCGACAACUUCAAGCCCGAGGGUCUUCUGACCGGCAAGUUUGGCACGGCCGAUUGGACCGUUGGUGCCAACAUGACGGUGAACCAGACGGCCGACUUCCCGUCCUUCUUCGUGCAGCCCAACGCUGGCUCUACGGCCUUUGACAACACGACUCAGAUGUACACCGCUGCGCUUGUGGACGCGGGCGUCGUCGGCUCCAACUCGACGACCCAGACGCUCCACUGGCUCAUCAACUCGAUCCACGUCAACACCACCGGCGGUGCCCCCUACGCGCUCGCCUACGAGAACGGCACCACGAUCACAGAGUACGCGGGCCCGAACCCGCCCUCGGGCUCCGGCCCGCACCGCUACGUGCUCGCGCUCCUGCGCCAGCCGGCCAACUUCACCGCGCCCGCCGCGUACAGCCAGCGCAACACCCCCGUCGGCCCCUUCAACAUGGCCGAGUACCUGCAGCAGACGCAGCUCGGCCCCAUCGCCGCCGCCAACUACUUUACUGUCUCGAACGGCCCCAUGCCCGAGAACCUCACCUCCACCUCGGCCGUCGUCUCGUCCACCCUCUCGGGCUUCACCGGCGCCGCUGCGAUCCCCACCGCCGCCGGCGCACAGGGCGGCGGCAACCCCAACGCCACGACCACCGGCAACGGCAGCGCCGGCGCCAACCCCUCCAACCCCGCCGCCAGCCCCUCCGCCACGGGUGGUUCGGGCGCCCUCGCUGUCCUCGCCCCCAUUGCUGGUGUCCUCGCCUCGGUCGCCGGCGCCGUCUCGUUCUUCUAAGCGCCGCGAUGAGCGAGCGCCUCCCCGCCCUCGCGCCGUAGCACUGCAUCUGUUUUCUUCGAGCAACCCUCCUUAAUUGGCGAUAAUGUGCGCACCUGCUCUCCCGCUCUCGAGCGGAGGUACGAUGAAUGCCAUGAUUUGAA